AUGCCACCUAUCAGAGGAGGACUCGGCGAGCGCCCGCGGGUGAUCUUGUACCACCAAACACUCAUUCCGGGAGGGGGCCAAUACGUCUCCAUGCUGCCAUUAUUGGAAAACAACACUGGGAUCACACAUGUAAUUCUGGCCGCCGUCCACUUAAACGAACAGCCAGGCGAUAUCACUCUCAACGAUGAUCCGCCCGACAGCUCCAAAUUCGAUCCCUUGUGGGCCGAAGUGCCCCUCAUGCAACGGCAAGGCGUCAAAGUGAUGGCCAUGCUUGGCGGUGCAGCACCAGGCUCCUUCACACGACUCGACGGCAGCCGUGAUGAAUUUGAGCGGCACUACGCGCCGCUCCUAGCCAUGAUCCGUCGCCAUGGUUUGGAUGGCAUUGACCUGGAUGUUGAGGAAAGCAUGUCCCUGCAAGGCGUGAUCAAUCUGAUCGAUCGACUCAAGGCCGAUCUGGGCGACGCAUUCAUUAUCACAUUGGCUCCCGUUGCAGCCGCCCUGUUAGGUAUUGGAAACCUGUCCGGGUUCGAUUACAGGCAGCUCGAGCAAUUCCGUGCUUCCAAGAUCAGCUGGUACAAUACGCAGUUCUACAAUGGCUGGGGCCCAGCUGAGGAUCCACGGAUGUAUGCCACGAUGAUUGCGCAGGGCUGGUCGCCGCGACGAGUCGUUUAUGGUCUGUUGACGAACCCGGGCAAUGGCUCCCAGGGGUAUGUGUCAGAGGAGAAGAUUGGGCCUGUUCUGGCUACGUUGGUAGAGCAAUUCCCUAACUUUGGUGGUGUUAUGGGUUGGGAGUACUACAAUGCUCUUCCUGGGGAUACAGCAAAACCCUGGCAAUGGGCUACUCAGAUGUCCAUGAAUAUGGGAAUGAAGGACCUGGUCACCGCAACUCGGGAACUCAUGUCGGCUGGGCCGAUGGCGAAUAGCCUCAAUAAUUUGCUUCAAGAUAUGAUCAACCAGGGUCGGCGAUGA